AUGUGGACUACCACCUCUGGCUUGAAGGGUCGCAAGCUUCGGCUUGCGAUCACCUUCACCUCCGUCAUGGGCUUUUCCCUCUUCGGUUAUGACCAGGGCUUGAUGUCCGUUCCCGCCCCUGGCCAUCCCCCGGGCUCCACCGACUCCUACUCGCAGCAUGUCUCGGUCCUCCGCGGUGCGGUCACCGCUUGUUACGAGUUGGGUUGUUUCUUCGGCGCGGUCUUCACCCUCAUGUUCGGCGAGCGCAUCGGUCGCACCCCGCUGCUGGUUGCCGGCGGUGUCAUCAUGGCCGUCGGCGCCAUCAUCUCCACCGCCGCCUUCGGGCCCCAUUGGGGUCUGGGGCAGUUCGUCGUCGGUCGUGUGAUCUCGGGCCUGGGUAACGGCAUGGAUACGGCCACCAUCCCCGUCUGGCAGUCCGAGUGCUCCAAGGCCCACAACCGCGGUUUCCUCGUGUGCUUCGAGGGUGCCAUCAUCGCCGUCGGCACCUUCGUCGCCUACUGGCUGGACUUCGGUCUCUCCUACGUCGACAGCUCGGUCCAGUGGCGCUUCCCCGUCGCCUUCCAGAUCCUCUUGGCCCUCUUCGUCACCUUCGGCGCGCUGGCCCUGCCCGAGUCCCCUCGUUGGUUCGUCAUGCGGGGCCACGAUGACCAGGCCCGCGAGAUCCUGGGCGCCCUGAGCGACACCUCCCCCGACUCCGACGCCGUCUAUGCCGACCUCAACAUGAUGAAGGCCGAUCUCAAGUCUACCGAGGGCGCCCAGGCAAGCUGGAAGACUCUCUUCACCUUCGGCAAGACCCAGGAGUUCCAGCGCAUGAUGAUCGGCUGCUCCGGUCAGUUCUUCCAGCAGUUCACCGGUUGUAACGCCGCCAUCUACUACUCCACCCUGCUCUUCGAGCAGAACCUGGACAUGCCGCACCGCAAGUCUCUCAUUCUCGGUGGUGUCUUUGCCACCAUCUACGCCCUGGCCACCAUCCCCUCCUUCUUCAUGAUUGAGAGGGUCGGCCGCCGCAACCUGUUCCUCAUCGGCUUCAUGGGCCAGGGACUGAGUUUCGUCAUCACCAUGGGCUGUUUGAUCAAGGGCGGCCCGGAGCCGUCCAAGGGCGCCAUCGUCGGUAUCUUCCUCUUCAUCGUGUUCUUCGCCUUCACGACUCUGCCGCUGCCCUGGAUCUACCCCCCCGAGAUCAACCCCCUCCGCACCCGUACCAUGGCCGCCGCCGCCUCCACCUGCACCAACUGGAUCACCAACUUCGCCGUCGUCAUGUUCACGCCCGUCUUCUCCGACGCCAGUCCCUGGGGCAUCUACCUCUUCUUCGCCCUGGUCAACUUCAUCGGCGUACCCUUCGCCUACUUCUUCUACGCCGAGACUGCCGGCCGCGACCUCGAGGAGGUCGACCUCAUCUUCGCCAAGGCCCACAUCGAGGGCAAGUGGCCCUUCCAGGUCGCCAACGAGAUGCCCAAGCUCAACGCCGAGCAGAUCGCCCAGAUGUCCAUCGAGCUGGGUCUCGACGUCCCCGAGAACCGGGUCUCCGCCGGCACCGACAAGGCCGAGCUCGCCCUCAGCAGCGGCGACAGCCAGGAGCAGCCCAGCACCAACUAAUUUGUCUCCCCUCCGGGACUCCCGCGGCGCAGAUCGCGGUCGGUCGCCCAGCUGGGGCGGCAGGCUCGAUCGAUCCUGCGUUGACGGUGUGGCCUGGUGGUUUUUCCAUGGAUUCCCCCGCGUGGUCAUCUGAUCCACGCAUCGUUCUGUUGCUUCCUUUCUUCUCACAUUUUUCUCUUCCUUUUUUAUUACCCUUUUUUUCUUUUGUCACCAUAGUGUCUACAUAGACUUAUAUUAUUUCCACCUUCUUCCCCUGGUCGCACUGUCCUGCAGUUCGUUAAUUGGGGGAGUCCAUCGGUGCGGCAACUACUAUGUCCAUAAUUGAAGUUCCC